CCCCGGCCGAAGGGAACGAAGCGCCGGCAGGGCUGCCCGGAGGGAUCGCUGGCCGCCAGCGGAGAAGCCAGACCCAGCGGCCAGGAUGGCGGCGGACAGCGGCCUGGAGCAGCGGGCGCUGCAGUACGAGCAGACUUUGAUGUAUGGACGCUACACCCAAGACCUGGGAGCAUACGCCAAGGAUGAAGCGGCUCGCGUCCGGCUGCAGCAGGAGCGCUGGAAAUUUUCCCCGAAGGAGCGGUUCCGUCCUUCCGAGUUUCUGGAGUACGACCACGGUCGCUGUGCCUGUUGCCGGAUCUGUACCGUGCGGUGCCAGAAGUUCCUCAUCUCCAAAGUGGGCGAAGACUGGAUCUUCCUCAUUCUGUUGGGUCUGCUGAUGGCCCUGGUCAGCUGGGCCAUGGACUUCGCCAUAGCAACUUGCCUGCAAGCCCAGAAGUGGAUGUACGGCGGGUUGGAUACCAAUGUUUUCUUGCAAUACAUGGCUUGGAUUACCUACCCCAUCGUGCUCAUCACUUUCUCAGCUGGAUUCACCCAGAUUUUAGCCCCUCAGGCAGUGGGCUCUGGCAUCCCAGAAAUGAAAACGAUCCUGCGUGGUGUGGUGCUGAAGGAAUACCUGACCCUCAAGACUUUUGUGGCCAAAGUCAUUGGACUGACCUGUGCAUUAGGCAGCGGGAUGCCUUUGGGAAAAGAGGGACCCUUCGUCCACAUAGCCAGCAUGUGUGCAGCCCUUCUCAGCAAGUUUCUUUCUGUCUUUGGAGGCAUUUAUGAGAAUGAAUCCCGUAAUAUUGAAAUGUUGGCGGCUGCUUGUGCAGUGGGUGUUGGGUGCUGCUUCGCUGCUCCCAUUGGUGGUGUCCUUUUCAGCAUCGAAGUCACUUCCACGUUCUUUGCUGUCCGCAACUAUUGGCGUGGUUUCUUCGCAGCCACCUUCAGCGCGUUCAUCUUCCGGGUCCUCGCGGUAUGGAACAAAGAUGAAGAAACCAUCACGGCUCUUUUCAAAACCCGCUUCCGGCUCGACUUCCCGUUUGAUCUGCAGGAGCUUCCGGCUUUUGCAGUGAUUGGGAUCGCCAGUGGCUUCGGAGGAGCUCUCUUUGUCUACUUCAAUCGCAAGAUUGUGCAAUUCAUGCGUAAACAAAAAACCAUCAACCGCUUCCUGAUGAAAAAGCGCCUGCUUUUUCCUGCUCUUGUCACCUUCCUCAUAGCAACGCUGACUUUCCCACCUGGUUUCGGGCAAUUCAUGGCAGGCCAGCUCACCCAGAAGGAAACCCUAGUUACCUUGUUUGAUAACCGCACAUGGGCCAAGCAGGGCUUGGCGGAAGAAUUUGAAUUUGGUGGCGUUUCGGAAGCCUGGAAACACCCUCGCGCCAACGUCUUUGUCACCUUGGUGGUUUUCAUCCUGAUGAAGUUCUGGAUGUCGGCUUUGGCGACCACCAUCCCUGUGCCUUGCGGGGCGUUCAUGCCCGUCUUUGUCAUUGGGGCAGCUUUUGGGAGGCUGAUGGGCGAGAGCAUGGCAGCUUGGUUCCCCGAUGGCAUUCACACUGACAGCAAUAUCUACCGCAUUGUGCCAGGGGGUUACGCAGUGGUAGGUGCCGCUGCCCUCUCUGGGGCCGUCACCCACACGGUCUCCACUGCCGUCAUCGUCUUUGAGCUGACCGGCCAGAUCUCCCACAUCCUGCCGGUUAUGAUUGCGGUGAUCCUGGCUAACGCCGUGGCCCAGAGUUUGCAGCCUUCCCUCUACGACAGCAUCAUCCGGAUCAAGAAACUGCCGUACCUGCCAGAGCUGGGUUGGGGACAUCAGGAGAAGUACAACGUACGUGUGGAGGACAUCAUGGUGCGUGAUGUGCGUUAUAUCACCCUGAACUGUAGGUACCGGGAUCUUCAGGAUGCGUUACACAGCACCAAGAUGAAGAGCCUAGCUCUGGUGGAAUCAGCCGAAUCCAUGAUCCUGCUAGGAUCCGUUGACCGCACUCAGAUUGGCUCCCUCCUCCACGACCAGCUGAGUUACGUUCGGCGCCGGCAGUUCAUGCAGGAGAAAACCCGGCUGGAGCACCGGGACGCUGAGAAGAGCCAGGAAAACAAGGAGCCACACCACGUGCCAGACACAGGAGUGCGAUUUCAGAUCGUGCCAGAGGAAUCCUCCUCCUCCUCCCUCCCUCCACAGAGCGAACCCCGUAAACCCCUGAAGCCGGCUCUAAAACGGGUCCCCAGCACUUUAUCCGACAAUCAUUCAGCUGGGACAAGCGAGACGGCAGGGAUGACCUUGAAGAACCUUUUUUGCGCCAACGCCUCAACAGCAGAGUCCGUGGAGGAGGAGAUUCCGGGGGCAUCCGAAAAGCACAAGUCGAAACGCGUCCGUAUUUCGGUGGUGGAUGAAUUUGAUCCAGUUAGCGAGAUGACUCCAACUGAGGUUAUGGAAUGGGAGGAGCGACAACUAGAUCAGCUGGUCAACUUCAACAACUGCAAGAUCGAUCCGGCUCCCUUCCAGCUGGUCGAACGGACCUCUUUGCACAAGACGCACACCAUCUUCUCCCUCUUGGGAGUGGACCACGCUUACGUCACCAGCAUCGGGCGCCUGAUUGGCAUGGUGUCCCUCAAGGAGCUGCGCAAAGCCAUUGAGGGUUCGGUCACCGCCAAAGGGGUGAAGGUGCGCCCUCCGCUGGCGAGCUUCCGGGAUAGCACAACCAGCAGCAGCGACAUGGAGGCCACCGAAAUCCACCAGCUGUGGGAUCGGCGGCAGCGACACUCCAUCCCUCGUGAGUUCAGCCCUUCCGAGAGUGACGACAAGUACCAGUGACGACGGGUGUGAAGAGCCUGCCAACCAAGAGACGGUUCAUCAUUGCCGUGCCUGCGCUGUUGCUCUUGCAGCUAGGCCUCUUUUAAGGAUGCCUUUUACAUUCCAGCUUUGGAGACUUCAAGAGGACGGCCGGUUCCUUGGAAUAACUGGAGAACUGCCUUCCGAAACCUUGAAGCUGGGCUCCCCGGUGCCCCGUUUGCUCCAUCCUUGGUCUCAGGGUUGAUUUCAGACUUAACCUUCCCAUUCUCAUCUCAACUUCUCCCUACCUCCUUGCAGCCCUCAUCUCGCUCGGGCCACCUCCGAGCAUCCUUGAAGACCUCGUUCGUUGGUUCUC